AUAUAUGUGAAAUGGUUUGAUACAGUAAUGUUUUACUAUGUGAUUUUAGUGAUUUUAGUGAAUGUCACUGUUUGUCAUUUUCAAAUUUCCCGCCGUUCUGUCCCCCGUACGUUCCGACGCUCGCAGGCGAUGGAACCCAGAUGACAGAUGACGGCAUCUGCCGGAUUACAUUGCCGGGGACACUGCAUGAGGGACAUCGCGGGAGCGCAGGACAAGGUAAGUGAUCGAGGGAUCCCGGAGCAGCGCCGCAUAGUAAGCCCGAGUGUAGCUCGGGUUUACCGCUUGUGCUACACUCGGGAAUACCACCAGGGAGGCUACAGU